CACAAUAAAAAGAACAAGCCUCCGCACACACAAAUUUAGCCGUACUUGCGAACAAUCUGCAGAAAAGCAGCGACUUUACUCCCCCGCUAAAACCCCCGAAAUUGCCGCAUCAAGAAUCACUCGAAAUGGAGCCUGAUAGUGAUGCUCCUGAGUUCACUCUAGCUGAGGUACUGGAAAUGGAAAGCUUGUACAAGGAAAAAGGUGAAGAAACAUUUAGUGAGAAAUGUUGUGAAGAACUUGCUACCAAAUUCAGUUUCUCAGCUCAUCGUAUUGGAAAGGAAUCCAUAGAGUGUAAACAGGUUAAAAGCUGGUUUUACGAGAAACAUCAUAGAACGGCCCCAAAAGACACUCAACAUACUUCCUUUGAAGAGUUUGUGUCUUCUUUAAGAAACAAAGCCUCUGGAAUCUCUUCACCUGCUACUUCUGGACCAGUUGUUCCUUUAGAUUCACCAGUACUAACUGAUACUAUGAGACCUUCUGACAAGUCCAAAGCUGAAAGGGUGGCCGAACUUACAGAUUUGCGAUAUGAAGCCCUGUCUGCAAAAGACGGUGCUUGGUUUGACGUGGCCUCAUUCCUCAACUAUAGAGUUCUUUAUUCAGGCGAGAUUGAAGUUCGUGUUAGAUUUUCUGGCUUUAAUCAUGAUGAAGAUGAAUGGGUAAAUAUGAAAAGAGCAGUACGUGAGCGUUCAAUUCCUUUGGAGCCUUCUGAAUGUCACAAAAUUAAAGUUGGAGACCUUGUCCUAUGCUACAGGGCAAAUGCUGAUCAUGCAUUAUACAGUGAUGCACACGUCUUGGACAUUGAAAGAAAUAUACAUGAUGCAGAGUCCUGCAGUUGCAUGUUCUUGGUCAAAUUUGACUAUGAUGAAACUGAGGCAAAGGUGGAUGUGAAUCAGGUUUGUUGCAGGCCAACUUAGGGAGGUAUUUGACAACACUGAACAAAACACAUCAAAUCGAUGUUUGUGGUCCGAUGCUGUCCGAGAAUUGUCCUGUAUUUCUGUAAUAGUCAACUGUAGCAACUCAAGACUCUAUCUAGUUUUACUUUCUUCACAUUUUGUUCAUUUCUGCUUUGUAAAUAAUCACGCAAGGACUGUCCAGCCAAGCA